AUGCGAAGUCGCCUGGGCCCCGCGCCAUCGCCUGCGACCGCUCCUCCACUCCCUCGCCGAUUCGCGCAUCAUCGCCCCUCACCAGCCACCCUCGCCGCAGGCUUCUCGUCGCCCCUCCACCAGCCACCCCGCCGCCUCCACCCUCACAUCGAGACGACGAGACGAACCGCCGCGUCCUCCUCCCCUUCACUGCUCGGCGCCAGGCAGAAUAAGGAAAGAGAGUAG